AACUGGGAGCAGGGGAGAUUGUUUUGAAGUAGAGCAGCCACCAGCCCUCUAAGGAUUUGUGCAGGGUCCAUGCCAGUAGAGAAAAAGGGGUACUAAAGUGCAGGAAAUCGUGUUUUUUAAUCAAAACUGUACAGAUUUUGUAGUCACUAUACUAUAGAUAUGUUUCUUUUUUUAACAAUGAACCUGUUAAUGGGAUUUUAUAUUUUAACUUGACAUCCCGUACAAGGCAGCGUGCUAGUACACUGGACUAACAGCUGACUGUGGGCUGAGCACCAGGGACGUCAUUGGAGGAGGUUUACCUAAUCCUAUGUUCAAAGAAGAAAAGGCGUGUCGCUUUAAAAAAAAAAAAAAAAAAAAAGGGGGGGGGGCGUUUCCACAGUGAUGAGGUACUGCGAAUUAGCAACUGCUAAACUGAAGUAGUUUGACAGCUGACAGCGCUGGAGUGGAGACAGGACAGGGAUGUUACUUUUAAGUAUGCUGUAUUGAAGUGUGUGCUAGAAAGCAAAACGGAAUAAAGAAGCCAACAGGAGUCCUGCUGUGCUAAUCCUAUUAAGAUUAACGAGAGGUUCUGUAUACUGUGUUCCGCCGAGACUGUCACCCUCUGAAGGUGUAUCACCUGCAGUCUAACUGGGGAAUGAGCCAGCCUAACAGGCUGCGUAUGUGCCGCACAGAACUGUAAGCGCCCACUGGUACCUUAUCAUUCUGAACGCUGGGAAGCUAUAAGAGCACGUUAGUUUCCCAGGAAAAGAGAACUGUAUUAAAGGACUCGUUAUGGCUGCUUUCUGCUGUUCCUCUGCAAUAGGAAAGGAGUAAGUUGCAGAGCAAAACAUCCAUCCUGCCCUGGUGCUCACGGGCUUACGUACAACGAAAAGCUAAAUAUCUUUCAUGUUAACCCCAUCCUAAUAUCACCAUGAGAGCACAGAUAGAAGUUAUUCCAUGUAAAAUAUGUGGAGACAAAUCGUCUGGAAUUCAUUAUGGUGUGAUUACCUGUGAGGGAUGUAAGGGUUUUUUCAGAAGAAGUCAACAGAACAAUGCCAACUAUUCAUGUUCUCGCCAGCGCAACUGUAUGAUUGACCGAACCAACCGCAAUCGUUGCCAACAUUGCCGACUCCAGAAGUGUCUGGAACUAGGCAUGUCCAGAGAUGCGGUGAAAUUUGGUCGCAUGUCCAAAAAACAGAGAGACAGCCUGUAUGCUGAGGUUCAGAAGCACCAGCAAAAUCAAGAGCAAGUCCUGGCCAGGGACACUAAAGAUACAGUCUCUCGGAGUUACUCCACCGGCACAAGCAGUUGCCUGUCAGACUUAGAGGAAUUAAGUGGCCUGUCAGAUGGUCUGCUCUUUGAUUUCCCCCUUACUCCCGAUGGAUGCAGCUCAUAUUACAGCUUGGAGCUUCCACUGUCUACAGAACCUUCUCCUGACCCUAGUCAUGGGACCACACUGGAUGAGUUGCCUGUGCAUUAUUCUUUAGGACUGAUAGAAGACCAAAGGUUGCUGGACCUAAACGGUACAGAGAUAGAGUAUGUGUCUCAGAACAUCAUUCGGUCCCAUUUAGGCACCUGCCAGUUUACCAGUGAUGAACUUAGUAAAAUGGUCUGGAAUGCUCAUUCACAGGAGGAGGUAUGCAGCCUGCAAAGCAAGCCAUGUGAAAUGAUGUGGCAGCUCUGUGCAAUCCAUGUUUCAAAUGCUAUCCAGUAUGUAGUGGAGUUUGCAAAACGCUUAGAUGGUUUCAUGGAGCUUUGUCAGAAUGACCAGAUUGUGCUUCUAAAAGCAGGUUGUCUGGAAGUCCUGCUCAUUAGAAUGACACGAGCAUUUAACCCUUCAAACAACACUGUGCUCUUUGAAGGAAAGUUUGGAGGAAUUCAGAUGUUUCGAUCUCUAGGAUGUGAUGAUCUUCUGUUUGCCAUCUUUGAUCUUGGUCAAGCCCUAUGCCGCCUCAGCUUGUCAGAUGAGGAGAUUGCUUUAUUUACAGCUGCAGUUCUGAUGUCACCAGAUCGUCCCAGGCUCACAGAAUCCAAGAAAGUUCAAAAACUUCAGGACAGGAUAUUCCUGGCCUUGCAGAAGGAAAUACAGAAGAGGCAUUGUAGUGAAGAUCUUUUGACUAAGAUGAUUUCCAAACUCCCACUUAUGAAGACAAUUUGCAACCUGCACGCAGACAAGCUGGAGUUUUUUCGCAUUCUGCAUCCUGACACUGCCCAUAUAUUCCCACCAUUGUAUAAGGAGGUAUUCUGCUCCGAACCACAGUUUACUGACCUCAGAGAAUGUUAAAUGAUUAAGAAGCAAAUCUCAACUUUAUUCUUCUAUGAAAUGUAAUACUCACUUUUGGACAUCAUGAGGGUAUCUGAGGAUUGCCUUCUUAGAGGCCUACUUUAUUCCAAAUCCAUGGCAGAUUAGCAGUCUAUAAGACAAGACAAAAAUGAUCUAUUUUGGAAAGACUGGAACAAAGUGUGUGGCGUGACUAUUUUCUAAACCAUUGGAAUGAUACAUUUAAUUUACCUGAACAAAUAUAUUUUUUUUACACCCCAGUGCAUAUAAAAUUGUAGAUAAGGGUGACAGAAUAUACUAGAUACUUUUUUUCUGUUGACCAUGCCACUGGCUGAAUCCUUCUAUAAAUGACUUGAAAUUUCUGUUUUAAUAAUUUCUGCAAAUAUUAGUCAUUAAUUACAUAAAGGUGGUUAUUUAUCAACUUUCAUAUUUUUUUCCAUAAGUUUUUUUGUGUUUGAAAAUAUUGAAAUUGAAUAAUUUUUUAUAUUUAUUAUGAAAAAAAAUAAAACCUCUUUGGCACCUAAAAGCUUGCGAGGUCAUGUAAAAAUCAAUAGGAGCUGUCCAAGUAAAAGUUUCAACUAUUUACUAUUCAACCUAUUGAAAAUUAUGAAUUCAAAGUAUACUCAUUUUUUUUAUGCUUUUAUUAGAUUGUGUUUUUUUAAAUCAUAUUUUUUAAUAAAUAAGGUAACAUUCACAGUUUUUUCAAAAUGUAAGUUUAGUCGAAGUAGAAAAAAACAACCAAAAUUACACACAUCCAAAAUUUGAUUAAUAGGCCUCCCUAUCUGUUGGGUUUUUGUAGACAUUUCUAUAAAGUGGGAUUUUAAGUCAUAAUAUUUCUUAAAACACAUCAUUUUCUCUAAUAAUGCUUUAUUAUGAGCACUGCUCCAGUGUAGGAUGAAAGAGAAAUUACAUUUUUGCCUGUACAUUGAUUCAUUCCUAAUAAAUAGGAAUGAAAAAAACCA